CGAAGGCAGCAACAACGUGAAACGCUUGUGAGCCAAUGAGACUGGUGAUUUUUUUCAAGGUGACCAAUCAGCGACGGUAACGUCUUACGAUGGCAAGUGAGCCAAAGGCCCGCCCUGACGUUGCUCAUUGAAGAAGACGAAGAGGGACGGUCUCCGCUUACCAUCCUCAGAAGAAAUUUAAUCAUGGCCACCAAACUUUGCAAGCUUUUUGUCGGAGGCCUCAACGUGGAGACCACAGAAGAUGGCGUCCGCAAGUAUUUUGAACAGUUUGGCACGCUCAAUGACUGCGUUGUGGUCAUGAACCAGCAGCUCGGCCGGUCCCGCUGUUUCGGCUUUAUCACCUACUCGACACCGGAGGAGGCCGACGCUGCAAUGGCGGCUAAGCCACAUGUCGUCGAAGGCCACGACGUGGAAUUGAAAAGGGCCAUAGCACGAGAGGAUGCUAAUAAUCCUGACAUUCUCGCCAACGUUAAGAAAAUUUUUGUCGGCGGUGUGAAAGACCACAUCGAGGCGGACAACCUGACCGAGUACUUCUCCCAGUUCGGCGUGGUGGAGAAGGCCGAGAUCAUCUCUGACAAGCAGACCGGUAGGAAGAGGGGCUUCGGCUUUGUCUUCUUCGAGGACACCGACUCCGCCACCAAAGCGGUGCUGACAAAGUACCACGUCAUCAACGGGAACAAGGUGGAGGUGAAGAAAGCUCUGACCAAGCAGGAGAUGUCCACCGGUGGCCGCGGAAGAGGUCGAGGAAGGGGGAUGCAAAGCUAUGGCGGCGGAAGAGGAGGUGGUGGCUACGGAGGCGGCUACGGCAGCAAUUACGGUGGCGGCUAUGGCGGGGGUUACAACGGUGGCGGCGGUGGAGGAUACGGAGGAUACGGGGGGUAUGGGGGAUACGACGAGGGAGGAUAUGACAACCAGAUGGGGGGUGGAUACAGUAAUGGUGACUUUGGGGAUGGCUAUGGACAGCAGCACUCUAGUUAUGGUGCAGUGAAGGGCACCUACAACGCUCACAGGAGCGCGCCUCCUUACAACAGAGGCGGCGGUGGCUACGGCCGGGGUGGUGGUGGUGGAUUCAGUGGUGGGUAUUAGGGGCUCCCUCAAGUUUUGUGAUGUUCAUGGGGGAAAUUCUGAUUACAGCGAACUUGAAUUUACACACGCACACACACACACACACGCCCGGGUGAGGGGGGGUCUUUGUUGAGUUCAGAUAAGGGAGCAGUGCCCAUCACCCACACGGAAUGAAUGAGGCUGUCCUCUGGAACCUGGCUCCCCCAUCCGGUCCCCAUCUGUCAUCUUAUUCCACACAUUAUGGACUUUACUACUAAGAAUUGUGAAUUAUUGAAUUGUACUUUUGUUAUGUUGGGAAAAGACUUGCUUUGAACCAUUUGUAAAGCCGUAACGUUAAUCAAUGUCAGUCACUGCUUCCCAACUCAGAAUUGAGUUUGUCUGUCUUGCAAACUAGCCAGAUGUGUGUUAUUUUUGCAUCAUGAACUCAGGGUUUUAAGUAAUGUUGGUGGCAGUGUCGGGCAGCAUGGGACUCGAUUGCUUGAGUUUCUUGAUUUAAAACACUUUCGUGACAAAGUAUUUUUUUGGAGAAAUGUCACGGACUGUUAUCUGUAAAUUAUUUUUUUCCACCCGUCCCAUUUACAGGUUUUUGUUUAGAUUAAAACUGUUUUCAAAUCCAUGUGUUCAGUUCACCCCUGUUUGAUUCUGCUUUUAUUAAAGUUUUUAAUGUUUUGAAAAUCUA